AUGACCACGGUCGCCAGGGACACGUUGCCUGUGUUCGUGUUUCCGACGCAGCUGAACAUCUUCGUGCAGGAACGGGAGAGUGCGCGGCAGCUGCUGACCAUCUACAACCCGUACAACUUCGUCAUCGAGUAUAGACUACUGUGCACAGAUCCUCUCAGCUACAGCGUUCAGGAAGCGUUAGGACGGUUGAAACCUCAGAGUUUCGUUGAUAUGUAA